AUGACUUCGGCACGACUCUCUUCGGCCUCCUCCCGGUCGCCCUCAAUUCUCUCGGAGCGUCGCGACCUGCGCAGACUAUCUGGCCUCUCUGUUUCCUCACCCCUGGAGGCCGACCCAACAUCCCAUGCUCAAGACACCCAACCCCCCGCCAUCACAGAAGAAAUUAGCGAGAUCAAACGUUACGAAGACUUCACAACAAUCGACUGGGUUCAGGAUGCGGUAUAUGAGCAAAGCGCUCGAAGGGCCAGGCGACGGACCGGCGGAGGCUUCUGGGACAAGGAAGGCGUAUUUGGCUGGAGACGAAAAGUACGCGAGUCCUAUGAUGCCGGUCAAGCUUGGCUUGUCGUCACCCUUGUUGGCAUGGCGAUUGGGCUGAAUUCCGCUUUGCUCAAUAUCAUCACUGAAUGGCUAUCGGAUAUCAAACUCGGCCAUUGUACAACAGCAUUUUAUCUGAACGAACAGUUCUGCUGUUGGGGCGCUGAGGGAGGUUGUCCCGAGUGGAAACACUGGACAUCGUUCUGGAUCCUGAAUUACGUUGUUUAUUUCUUUUUUGCGGUUCUUCUUGCUUUGAUUGCAGCGAUCCUAGUCAAAACUUUUGCCCCCUAUGCCGCUGGAUCCGGCAUUUCGGAGAUCAAAUGCAUUAUCGCUGGGUUCGUGAUGAAGGGGUUUCUAGGAGCCUGGACAUUGCUUAUCAAGUCAAUCGCAUUGCCAUUGGCAAUCGCAUCUGGCCUGUCUGUGGGAAAAGAAGGACCCAGCGUCCAUUUUGCAGUAUGUACCGGAAACGUGAUAUCUCGCUUCUUUGGAAAGUACAAACAAAGUGCUUCAAAAACACGAGAGAUUUUGACUGCGUCAGCAGCAGCUGGCGUGGCUGUUGCUUUCGGUAGUCCAAUCGGUGGUGUACUGUUUUCGCUUGAGGAAAUGGCCAAUUACUUCCCACUUAAGACACUCUGGCGUAGCUAUUUCUGUGCCCUAGUGGCGACUAGUGUGCUUGCUGCCUUGAACCCAUUCAGAACUGGACAGUUGGUCAUGUUUCAGGUUGAAUAUGAUCGUACAUGGCAUUUCUUUGAGUUCAUCUUUUUCGUGCUCCUCGGUGUUUUCGGAGGAUUGUAUGGCGCAUUCGUCAUGAAGUGGAAUCUGCGGGUAGCUGCAUUUCGGAAGAAAUAUCUUACGAAAUACCCUAUCGCCGAGACUGUGUUUCUUACUGCUCUUACGGCGAUUCUAUGCUAUCCAAACAUGUUUCUCAAGAUCAACAUGACGGAAAUGAUGGAGAUUCUCUUCCGUGAAUGUGAAGGUGGACAUGAUUACAACGGACUUUGCGAGAGUAAGAACCGAUGGUCAAUGGUUUUGUCUUUAUUCAUUGCCACAAUUAUGCGCGUUGGGCUGGUGAUUAUUUCCUAUGGAUGCAAGGUGCCGGCUGGUAUCUUCGUGCCAUCGAUGGCUAUUGGUGCAUCCUUCGGUCGCAUGGUGGGAAUCAUGGUGCAGGCACUACACGAAUCCUUUCCCAAUUCAGCUUUCUUCGCGUCGUGCGAGCCGGAUGUCCCUUGCAUCACUCCCGGGACGUACGCCUUCCUAGGUGCUGGAGCGGCGCUGAGUGGAAUUAUGCAUCUCACUAUUUCAGUCACUGUGAUCAUGUUUGAGCUGACGGGUGCAUUGACUUAUAUUUUACCAACCAUGAUUGUGGUAGGCGUGACCAAAGCCGUUGGAGACCGAUUUGGAAACGGAGGCAUUGCGGAUCGAAUGAUUUGGUUCAACGGGUUCCCUUUCUUGGAUAACAAGGAAGACCAUGUCUUCAAUGUGCCAGUUUCCCAUGCGAUGACAACAGACCCGCUCACGCUCCCUGCUUCAGACUUCCCUGUUCGCGAAGCAGAACACCUCUUGAGCGAUAACAAGUUCCAAGGUUUCCCAAUUGUUGAAGAUCGAAGUUCCAAAAUUCUUGUCGGUUAUAUCGGACGUACUGAAUUGCGGUACGCUAUCGACCGUGCACGCAGUGAGGGACUUGUUUCACCUAGAGCACGGUGUGUCUUCACCAAAGAGGCAGCCGAGGCAACAGUUGCGCGGCGUGCAUCUGGCCGACGAAGUUCUCAGGCUGCGGAGACAUUUGACGAAAUUCAAACUAGUGUAGGUGCUGGUGUGGUCAAUUUCUCACGGUAUGUCGACCACACCCCACUCACUGUGCACCCUCGUCUUCCGCUGGAGACUGUCAUGGAACUCUUCAAGAAGAUGGGCCCCCGGGUCAUCCUUGUCGAGCACCGUGGUCGUUUGACAGGCCUGGUGACUGUGAAGGACUGCCUCAAAUACCAGUUCAAGGUUGAAGCCGAGGAACAUGCGCUAGCAGCAACGACCUCAUCCGACUUCUCCUCUGCCCCGCUAGGUGGACACUUGAGUACUCCUGCCCCGGCGACCCUGGAAGACCGCCUAUGGGGUUUCAUACAGACUGUUGUCGGGUUUGUGUCUGGAUUUGGACGAGCUCAUCGCCCCGUCCAGCUCCGUGACCGAAGUCACACUAGGGGAGCACCGGAGUCAGAGGGAAUCUUGGACGGGACAGAGGACGAUGGAUUUGUAGAAUUAGAAGACAGAGAAAGGCGGUCUGACGGGCAUUAG